AUGUCUUUCCAAUCUGCUAGUAAUUUUAUUUCACAACACCGCAGAUCCGAUAGCGGGAAAAAAAAAAGUAAUAGUCCCAAUAUAAUGGAAGGAUCAAUGACACCUACUAGUAACACUUUUUCAUUUGAAAACAAUAGUUUCACUAAUGAUAAUACUCUGAAGUUGAACUCGAACGGGACAGGCACUAGUAGUAGUAACAUUUUUACUUCCAGUAAUAGUGGCAACAAUGUCAGUAGUAAUAAUGGAAACCCUUCGAAAUCUACUGGAAACGAUGCACACAAUAAUAUAAGCAACAAAAAUAGCAAUAAUAACAAAUCACACAAUGAUAUGAAAGGUUUGCAAUUAUUUAUCGCCGAUUUAAGGGCGUACCAAAAUUCUAAAGAAGAACAAGAAGCACGUAUCAAUUCCGAAUUGAGUAACAUUACCAAGAAUUUCAGUAACAAAGCACAUUUAAACGGAUAUAGGAGAAAAAAAUAUGUUUCCAAACUAUUAUACAUAUAUUUAACCACAAAUUAUAAAAAGCUCCCAGAAUUAGUCUUUGGUAUUGAGCAAAUGGUUUGUUUAAUGGAGAGUUCUUCCGCUAACACUAAAUAUUCUGAAAAAUUUAUCGGGUAUUUAGGUGUUGAAAUGUUGUUGCCAUCUUUACCUAAACAACAAUCACCGUUGAUAGGUAGAAUUUCUCAAAGUUUAACCAACGAUCUAUCAUCUACCAAGGAAGAAUUUGUGUGUUUAGCCUUAAAUUUCGUUAGUGGGAACAAUUUUUAUAGACCCGAAGUUGCAAAAAGUUUAAUUGAUCCAGUAUUUCAAAUACUAAGGUCUCCAACCAGUACCGAUAUUUUAAAGCAGAAAUCUUUGAUGGCGUUUUUAUGUUUAAUUAGAAUAGUUCCUGAGUAUAUUGUUGAUAUGGAAGAUAAAAAACGUGAAUUAUGGAUUCAAAGAAUUACGUCACUUUUAGACAAUAAAAACUUGCUAUUGUCAGUUUUACCUGUUUGUCAUUAUAUUAUUACUCUUAUAGGUCCACAGUAUUUUGAAAAAAUUGUACCAACUCUAGCUACUUAUUUGUAUGAAUGUUUUGAAGAUAGCGGUAACGGUGUCGGUUUAGUAUUGCCUAAUCCGUUUCUGAUAAGUAAAAUUUUGUUGGUGUUAACUGAUGAAAUGAAUGGAUCUAGAAGUAUUGAUGUUGGAUCUUUAAAUAAGUUAAGAAAAACUGUGACAAAAGCUAUUCAGCUGGCAACGCAACCUGUGCACGAUUCUAUGAGUCGCAACAUUCAAUCCAUUAUACUAUUUUCACUAAUUAAUUUUGCACCAAAACUAGACCCGAGUAAAGAAGCUAUUGAAAAUUCAGUUAGUGCGUUGUGUACUUUGUUUAAAAUCACAAGGGAUGUGAAUACAAAGUAUAUGACUUUGGAUACAUUGUGUAAAUUAUGUCAAGCUACGAAAAGUUCCACAAGGCCGAUUCUGUGUAAAAAUAAGGAACUAUGGGCUGUAGGGCACGAUAUUAUGGAUGCUUCUAUUUUAAGUAAGUGGAUCAAUUUAAUAUAUGAGAUCACAGAAGUUGAUAAUGUUAAACAAAGUGUUGAUUGGUUGCUAAAAAUGAUGACGCAUCCGGAAGUUAAUUCUGGGUCGUCAUCCAUAAACGGUUUGGAUUUAAAAAGGGACAUUGGCAUGAAAAUAGCCAUAUUAACAGAAAAAUAUGCCACUGACAUUAAUUGGUUUGUUGAUGUGUCUUUGAGACUAUUAUCGGUCAGUAAAGUUAUUGAAGAAACUAAAAAUGAAAAUGAUGGUGUUUGGGAAAGAUUAGUUCAAAUUGUAAUUAACAAUGAGUCAUUACAUAGGAUUACUUGCGAAAAAUUAUUGAGUGAUUAUAUGUAUAAAGACUUGUCCGAGAAUAUAGUGAAAGCUGGAUGUUAUUUAUUGGGGGAGUUUUCACCAUUGCUUGUACCAAACAGAAUAUCGACUGGGGAUUUGUUGAAUCUAUUUACUGAUAAAUAUUUCCAGUGCCAGCAGGUUUCUACAAGAGCAUUAAUUUUAACAUCAAUGAUGAAAUUGUAUAAAUGUGAUUUGUCGAUUGGCUCGACUUUAAUUAAGUUUUACCAAUUGGAAUUAAACUCAUUAGAUAUAGAAUUACAAACUAGAAGUUUUGAAUAUUUGAAGAUUAUCCAACAAACCAUUACAAGUAACUCACCAUUUCUAUUGGACUAUUUGUUUAAGCCUGCCCCAGUUUUCCAAAUAAAUAAUAACCCCUUGUUAUCUAGAUUUGGGGUAAACAACAGCAAUACCAGCAAUGUAAUUUCGUCUAUCAAUUUAACUACACCGCCAGCAUCAUCUAUAACAGCAGCAACAAGUUUCAGUUCAAGCACGCCGCCCUUAGCACCCGCACCAAGAAAAACCACGGCAAUGCAAUCCACAGGAGGAGCUAAUAUCUCAUCAACAAACAAGUAUGAUUCACAAACGCUAAUUGCUAAUUGGAAGCAAAGUUUUAAAAGAAUGGCAGAACACAAACAGGGCAUUUUAUUUCAGAAUAACAAUUUAAAGAUAUUGUUUUCUAUAGUACAAGGGGGAAGUAACAGUACGACAACAAGUCCCGAUACUAUUAUAGUGUACCAUACUUUUGUUAAUAUAGAUCCUGAAUGGGAUAUAACCUCUUUUUACGUUGAUGUUAUACCCUCCCAGUUGUCAGAUAAUCCACCCUAUAUUAUUAAACCUAUUAUUUUACCUGAACCCGUAAUUAAGUGUGGCUGCCGUGCAACUUAUCAGUAUGAGGUUAUAUACCGUAAGGUAUUUUCUAUCUGGAAAUCGCCCAUAUUAAAUAUUCAAUACAAACUGGGUGGUAACGCCUAUCACGAUCUGAACAUUAAAUUACCUAUGCCAUUGCAAAGAACCAUGGUUCCAACUAACAGUGGUGAAACAAUGAAGAUGCCCCAAUAUAUCCAAAGAUGGAAACAAAUCGGGGAAGCUUUGGGCUCUGCUGGUGAAUAUAACAUAGAAAUACCAAGUAUGAUUGUCAAUGUUGAAAGUGUUAAACUCUUGUUGAAUAAAAAGCUUGGAUUCGACUUAAUUGUUACGCCAUCAUCCAUGCAUAAUCUAAUUUUCGGUUCAGGUAUUGUACACACUAAGAGUGAUGGAAAUUUCGGUGUAUUAAUCAAAUUGGUUUAUGAGGAGGGGAGAAAUUCUUGGAUUGUUACUGCAAGAACUACUACGACAGAAGGUAACAUUUCACAAAAUAUUGUAGAAACAAUAAAAGUUUGUCUAGAAUGA